CUCCAAUAGUGCAGCGCGAUCUAUCAACGCACAACUACUUUAGAAGUUCUUUUAGUUUACGUAAAACCUACUAGAUAGCUCUACUAUCAGCACCCGGUGUUUGAUAGCCUUCCCUAAAACAAACCUUCACGUUGUUGAUAAGCAUGGAUUUAAUUUAAUUUUUUUUUUGUAAUUUUUACCAUAAUUAUGUAUCAUUUAAAAAAGUCACUGCGUCUGUCUUCUUAUAAUCAAAUGUUGGGCUUGCUAGAAGGGCCCAAAAUAGUGCCGAGUUAUUCUUAUUUCUUACAUCAGUAUGAAAGUAGAAGAAACCGGAAAAAGACUUCUAUAAAUCUUUCUUCAUUAUUUACUCCUGUCCCUAUAAAACCUAAUUCAGAAGAUGAUGGGGUAGGUAAGGAGCUUACUGGUGGUACAUUGAACAAAACCGACAUUGCCAAAGUUUUAAACAAGUUCUAUCAGAGAGCUGAGGUGAAAUCUGUCGCAGAAGAAAAUGGCCUGGAUGGUUAUUUACAACACCAAGUCUACUUAGGUUUUAGAAAAUUCUGUAUCGAAUCAGAAUGUCUUCCAGCAGACCUCCAUAUAGUGAUUAACGAUGUACUUCAUAAUACGGCUCACAUAACUGAUAUACUCCCUUAUUAUUUAAGACAUGCGAGAGAGAUGUUUCCUCAUUUGGAAUGCAUGGAUGAUCUGAAAAGAAUUAGUGAUCUUACCUCUCCUCCUUCAUGGUAUCCUAAUGCUCGAGACAUGAAACGUAAAAUUAUUCUACACGCUGGUCCAACGAAUAGUGGUAAAACAUAUCAUGCACUAGAGAGAUUCCUGUCAGCUAAGUCUGGAGUUUAUUGUGGACCUUUGAAACUUUUAGCAGCUGAAGUUUACAAAAAGGCUAAUGAAAGAGGAACCCCAUGUGAUUUGGUGACUGGUGAAGAACGAAAAUAUGCCCUAGGUGAAGACAAUCCAGCUAGUCACAUAUCAUGUACUGUAGAAAUGACAUCCAUAAAUACUCCUUAUGAAGUUGCUGUGAUAGAUGAGAUCCAACUAGUCCGAGACCCAAGUCGUGGAUGGGCUUGGACGAGAGCCCUGCUUGGUUUGAUGGCCGAAGAAAUACACCUGUGUGGUGAGGAAGCAGCUUUCGAUUUGUUGUCUGCUUUAGCACUUAUGUGCAAUGAGGAAGUUGAGGUACGCAAAUACAAGAGGUUGACUGAACUGACAGUCGAAGAGAAGGCUCUAGAAUCGUUGGAAAAUGUCAAAGCGGGUGACUGUAUUGUGUGUUUUAACAAGAAUGAUAUCUAUUCAGUCAGUCGGGCGCUUGAAGUUAAGGGGCAUGAAGCUGCUGUUAUCUAUGGUGGUCUACCUCCUGGUACGAAACUAGCUCAAGCUCAAAAAUUCAACGAUCCAGAACAUUCUUGUAAACUUUUAGUUGCUACUGACGCCAUCGGAAUGGGACUGAACUUGAGUAUUGGAAGAGUCAUUUUCUACUCACUUGUAAAGCCAACUACUAAUGAAAAAGGUGAGAAAGAAAUAGACAUUAUUUCUAUAUCACAGGCACUUCAGAUUGCAGGGAGAGCAGGAAGGUUUGGUACCCAAUUUGAAAAAGGAUAUGUUACAACCUUCAAAUCUGAAGAUUUGCCAGUUCUUCAGUCACUGUUGAAGCAGCCUCCUGAGCCUAUAACAAAGGCCGGAUUGCAUCCUACUGCUGAGCAGAUAGAACUGUACGCCUACCACUUACCUCAUUCUACCCUUUCCAAUUUGAUUAGUAUAUUUGAAGAAAUUUGUACUGUAGAUGAUUCAUUGUACUUUAUGUGUAAUAUGGAAGAUUUUAAAUUCCUCGCUGACAUGAUUCAACAUGUAGCACUGCCUCUUAGAACAAGAUACGUUUUCUGUUGCGCUCCGCUAAAUCGAAAGAUGCCGUUUGUAUGUUCCAUGUUUCUGAAGUUUGCUAGGCAGUUCAGCAGAAAUGAUGGAGCUACAUUUCUGUGGCUGUGCAAACAUCUGGGGACUCCUUUCUCUACUCCGAAAUCUAUAGCAGAUCUGGUUCAUUUAGAAGCAGUAUUCGACGUUUUGGAUUUGUAUCUGUGGUUAAGUACGAGAUUUCCGGAAAUGUUUCCAGCCGUUGCACAGGUCCGAGAGCUACAAGCCUCAUUAGACAGUAUAAUCCAACAAGGGGUUACUCAGAUAACUCGCCUUGUGAUAGCAGAUCAGCAAACUGAUGGUGAUGCUCCUGAAGUUGGUUACAGACAGAGGAAGAGAGACAUACCGAUGGGAAGAGGAAGGUUAACGGAAAAGCUGAUAUCGGAAGGACUGUUGACGCCCGGAAUGCUCAGCCAGUUGAGGAAAGAAUGGUCCAAGCCCGGCCAUGAAGAAGAAGGACACAAUUUUCUAAGUAGACAAUCCAAGAGGAAGAAAAAGCCGAAGCACUGACAUUUAUCGAACAUAAUUGUAAAUAAAGUAUAGAAUAUUUGUGUAAAUACAUUUUUUUUAAAUUAUA